AUGUUUUAUUUGAGAUAUCAUGUAAAAAACCUCCGAAUAAACUAAGUAAAAUUAGUUAUGAAGUAAAAGCGUAAAAAAAAUAAAAUGUGUUAGGACCAUGAAACAUGUCGAUUGACCAAGGCUUGGGUAUCGCAGCAGCUGAUGAAAUAAAUUUUUCUGAAGAGCUCGAGUUUAAUAAUAAAGAUAACUCAAUUUGCGAUAACGAAGUUUUGGAUAUCGCAGCUACUAACCAAGUAUUACAAAAUCCUGAGAAAAAACAAGAAUGUAAUAAUUAUAACACAGUAGGCGAAGUCACAAAUGGAAGUGACAGCAUCAACGAUAUUAAGUUCGAUAACGACAUAUCUAACAAACAUAUCAAGGAAAAGCAACUUACAACAGAUUUUUUAGCUAAUUCGAAAUCUAAUGAAUUAAAUGAAGAACGAUUUCGAGUUGAUAGGAAAAAACUUGAAAGUCUAUUACAAGAUGAAAAGACAGAAACAUUCACUAUUGAUAAUGAAACUGGUUUUUUUAGCCGGAUAGAGCAGGCUACAAAUACUAAGAUUACAUGGCCUACUAAAUUAAAAACAGGAACCAGAUCCAAAAAAGAUCCUUAUAUCAAAGUAGCUGGUCUACCAGAGGACAGAUUGGCUGCCAAACAAAUGGUUCUUUCUAUUAUGGAUACUAAGUCAACCAGAGUAGCUUUAAAAAUGGACGUUUCAUUUGUUGACCAUUCGCAUAUUAUUGGCAAAGGCGGGAGCAGCAUUAAAAAAGUGAUGAGAGAUACUCAAUGUCACAUUCAUUUUCCAGACUCUAACAGAACCAGCUCUGAGAAAAGUAAUCAGGUUUCUAUUGCUGGUCCACCAUUUUGUGUUGAAUCAGCAAGGCAACAAAUUCGAGAACUCCUUCCUAUUGUCCUGAAGUUUGAGAUUCCUUCAUCAGCCACAGUUGUUAUCCCAGAUAGUUCAUCACCUGCUAUUCUGAAUAUUGCCCAAAGCCACAAUGUGACGAUCUCAUUUCAACAACAACAGUGUUCAUAUGGUUAUGUAGCUAGUGUUAGAGGAUUGCAUUCGGAUCCAUUUUCAGUUCGAGAUGCAGUUUUGAAAGUUCUAGAACAUUUGACUGGAAUGGUGCCUAUAACUGUUCCUGUAACAACUCAGUUAGAAGUUGACCCUAAGCAUCAUAUGUAUGUAAUUGGACGCAAUGGUUGUAACAUUAAGAAAAUUACUCAUUCUACCGGAGCAAGUGUUCAUUUCUCUGAUCCUUUUGAUCCAGCAUCACGUAAAAGCACUGUAACAAUCACAGGAUCUAUUGAGGCAGCUGUUACAGCUAAAGUGUUUUUGUUGGAAUAUUUACCAUUGAUAUUAAUGUUUGAUGUUCGAGAUGGAGAAGCAGAUUCUAGAUUAGAAGAAGGACCUUUGAAUCAAAUGAUGGAUAGUCUUGGUGUAAAUAUCACAAUUAAACCGAAGCCAAGACAGUCUUGCAAAUCUGUUAUUAUCAAAGGUUAUGAAAAAAAUGCAUCUAGUAUAUAUAGAGCACGCUUACAUUUAAUGGGAGAAGAUCCUUCUAAUAUGCCUUUUUUAUCUUCGUCUCUUGCAACACUGGUCAUCCCCCCACCUAUGGGAGUUCCAUUUCAUCUUUUAAGUAAUGGAUUAGCUUCUCAACCCCUUUUCCGACCUAAGUUUUUAAUGAAUAAAAUUCCAAGUCCACUUACUCCACCUAUACAAUCCUCCAGUCCUCUUACUGGUCAAGGUCCUGUAUUAUCUCCAGUUAAUGUCUCCAAAUCAGUGCUGGAAUCAAAUUUGCAAAGUCAACGAAGCAUUGGAAGUGAAAUCAAAAUUAAGCGAUUGAGUUUUGAUGGUUUGAUUGCAGAAGAUGAAAGCAAUGAUAUUGAUGGAUUAAAAGGCAAUUUCUCUGGAGAUAACUUGUUUAAUUCCAGAAGUUCAGAAUUAAUUAUGGAUUCUUUGAACACCAAGAACACAAGUAACAAGAACAAUAAUUCUGAAAUAUUGAUAUCAAGUGGAACAUGGGAUUCUAAGACAUCAUCUACAUUGAAACCAGAGUGUACUAAUUCUUCGGGAGGUUCAAUUGACUCUGGAUUAAGUCAUUCUCAAGAAGAAUCUACCGAAACAUUGGCUAAUCAAAUUGCAAUGAAUCUGAAGAAUAAUCAAAAAAACAUUUCUGAUGACUAUGAGAUACGUGAUGACUAUGAGAUACGUAAGCAAAGAGCAAAAAGCGCCAUGCAAAGCCAGGUAUCUUAUGCUAAGGCUCGGACGCCAACUGAUGCUUGGAGUGGAUUUGGAUUUUCAAACUCCAUGCCAGAAAUUAUCAUUAAAGAUUUGUGGAAUGCUCGAGAAAAACAGAGUAAUCAACGCCUACAUGAGAUAAAACAAUCUCCUGAUGGAUCAUUUAGUUCUUCUUGCGGCUCUUCAAAUGAGCUAACCCCCUCUGUAGUUUCUCAAGGUCUACAUUCUUCAGAGACAUGUCUUUCUAACUUUAAAAGUAACAGUCAUAGAAGUGUUUGUAGACCACCUCCAGGAUUGGAAGAUAGUCAUCCAUCUCUAGAAAACUUGAUAUUGUUUAAUGACAGUCAUGACUACAGUUCUAUGAUGCCAAAUAUAUCUGGAAAAUCUGCAUUUAGUUGUUCAAAUGUUAAAUCUAUUGGAGAAUUGUUUUCAAAGCUUGGCCUAGAGCAGUAUACAGAAGCAUUUCAAAAAGAAGAAGUUGAUCUUUCUACCUUUAUGUCUCUAACUGAUGACGAUUUAAAGGAACUUGGUGUAAGUACUUUUGGUGCGCGAAAAAAGAUGUCAAAUGCAAUGAAAGAACUGAAUAAACGAAAUUCUUCAAUACAAGAUCAUCUGCCUACAAAUUCAUCUACUGGUGGUCUUUACCGCCAUCUUGACGUGGCUGCCCACAGCCUAAGAUGGUAAUUGCAAUCUCGAUUAAACGAAAUAAAA